AUGUUCCAAUAAAGAGACAUAAAUCCUUUAAAAAUUAGAACUCAAAAUCUUGAAAAAAUUAUCCUAACCCUACAUCAUCAAAUUUGUUAGUGCUACGUAUUUUAAUUUCAAGAAUUCUUAGUAUUUUCAUUUAAGAUAUGCCUUGGCCAAGUGCUUUUAUGCCUAUAUUAUAAGCUAAUCCUUCCCCAAUUGAAAUGGCUCCCUCAUCACAGAUAUAAUUUUCUUCCAAUAUAAUAGAAAGAACACUUAGAUUGCCAAGCUUUUUAAACGCUUCACCAAGAGCCACUCCUCCUUCUUUGUUAACAAAGUUUUUACUUCCUAACAUAAUGUGUAAUUUUGUAAGAUUAUUUAAGCAAGAUAAUCCUCUAGCUAUAGCUACGAAUCCAUUGGUAAAUAUGCUGUUAUUUUAAUCUAUUGUUAAUUCUAAAUGCGUAAGAUUAUUUAGCUUUGAUAAGGCUUAACCAAUAGCUUUGGCACCUGCACAAUUGA